UUCUCCACUCCCCCUCUCAAACCCCUCCUCUCCCUCCCACCUAGCCGCUCUGCUACUCCCCUGCUCUUCGUGUUCUUCUCCUCCUCCCCUCCAGAUUCUGCAAAUCCUCAACGUUUCAUCUGCGUUGGUGCGUUUCAGCUGUUACUCUUGGCGUUCUUGAUUCGGAGGGCAGUGUUCCUUGGAGGUGUUUGGCCGAGCGAGGAAGGGAAGGGAAGGAGGAGACGCUGCUCUGUUUCUUGGCUCGGCGGCGAUGCUGGACUCCGACAACGAGUCCGGCGGGCCGAACAACGCGGAGUUCUCGUCGCCGCGAGAGCAGGACAGGUUCCUGCCGAUCGCGAACGUGAGCCGGAUCAUGAAGAAGGCGCUCCCGGCCAACGCCAAGAUCUCCAAGGACGCCAAGGAGACGGUGCAGGAGUGCGUGUCGGAGUUCAUCUCGUUCAUCACCGGCGAGGCCUCCGACAAGUGCCAGCGCGAGAAGCGCAAGACCAUCAACGGUGACGACCUCCUCUGGGCCAUGACCACCCUAGGCUUCGAGGACUACAUCGAGCCGCUCAAGCUCUACCUCCACAAGUUCCGCGAGCUCGAGGGCGAGAAGAUGGCCACCGGCGCGGUCUCCUCCGGCUCCGGCUCCGGCUUGCAGCAGAAGGACCCGCCGUACACGCACAAUGGCGCCGGAGGCAGCGGCGGUGCCGUCGGCUACGGCAUGUACGGCGGGGGCGGGGGCGGGGGCGGGGGCGGAGGCGGCAUGAUCAUGAUGGGGCAGCCGAUGUACGGGUCCCCGCCGGCCGCGGCCGCGGCGGGGUACCCACAGCCGCCGCACCACCAGAUGGUGAUGGGUGCCAAAGGCGCGUACGGCCACGGCAGCGGGCCGUCGUCGUCGCCGUCGGGGCUCGGCAGGCAAGACAGGGUAUGACGACUGUGCCUGGAUGGCUGAAGGGGCCGGCUUCUUGGUUGGUGUUGGCAAUGGUGCUGGCCUGCAUGGCUGCAUGCUGGGUUUAAUCAGUAAACCUUCAUCCUUUUUCUUUUGUGAUUUAUAAUGAGCUGAGACGAAUCAUUUCCAUGGUUAAUAGUUGCUUAACCUCUUCAUGAUCCCAUAAUCUGUACUGCUACGACACAAUAGUGCCAUUGAUAGAUACAGUAUUUGACAAGGUGGCUAGGUGUUCUGGGAUUGCCUAGACUAUGUGGUGACAAGCUACUGACUAGGCAUGUUCUUUUUUC